AUGGCCGAUGAACCGACACCUAACCUCCCAGCCCACCGCAUCCCCACAGACAGAGAUACAAACUCCCCAUUCUGGACCGAGGACCUUCCCCCUCUUGAGGAACACACAAAAAGACUAUUCGUAGACUACGCAAAGAUCCCAGAAAAUCAGCUUCAAGAGCAUCUUCAAGAAGCACGCAAGAAAGCAUGGAACGACUGUCCCUACCCAUGCAUAGGCCUCUGGCUCUUCCUCAAGCUCCAACUCCGAAACAACAAGGAAUUCGACGAGGCGGUACGGCGUACGCAACAAGGCGAGAAUCUCCUCGACUUUGGAUGCGCCAUUGGCCAGGAUCUACGUAGUCUGGUCCAUGCAGGUUCACCCCCACAAACCCUCCACGGCAUAGACCUAACCCCCUCCUUCUUCCCCGCCGGCAAAUCACUCUUCAACGACCACCUCACCCCAAUAACCUUCCUCCAAGCAAACGCCCUCUCCCCGCCCUCGACACUCCCCUCCUCCUGGCUACGAAAAUUCUCCAUCAUCACAGCAAACUACGUCCAGCAUUGCUUCGACAUCGCAGACCAAGAAACCUACGCCACCUUCCUCCUAGCUUUACUAUCAGGAAAACCAAACGACCUAAUCUUCGGCCGCACGGCGGGCACGACGGAGGGCGAGGCGCGGAGGGAGGAGAUGCACAAGGGCCAGAGGCUGUAUCGGCACACGGAAGCGAGCUUCGUCGAGUUUUGGACGAGGGUGGCGGCUCAGCAUGGGAGGAGGGCGAGGGUCGAGACGUGGGUUGAUGAUGUUCCUGCUUUUGAGCUUAGGGGCGAGGGGAUGGAGAGGUUUGAACCUGUCAAGAAUCUCAUGUAUUCGAUUCGGUUUGAGUGA